UUCUCCUGGUUAGGGUCGAGGUGAUCAAUAGUAGUAUUUUCUUUAUACGGGUUACCAAGUAGGGCUUUUAUUGUGAGUACACCCACUUCCGGUUUCUGUCUCGGAACGCCCAGUACAGCUGGUACCUCCAUUGCUUACCAAGACAGCACCCUGCACUGACAAUGCGUGGCGCUAAGCUAAAACAAGCCAUUGUGUGAACGUGAUGUCCAUGGCUACACUGCUUUGCAACCUGGAAUUAUGACUCAAGGUCCUUGUCACUACUUGUAGCUUGAGGCCGUACCUGCAACCCAAUCAGGUUGCUCCUCCAGUUUGGCACAUCCAUACAUGCCAUCGCAAGGAGGUUUGGGGUGUCUCCCAACACAGUUUCAAGAGCAUGGAGGAGAUACCGGGAGCCGGUCCAUUACAUGAGGAGAGCUGGAUAGGGCCGCAGAAGGGCAACAACCCUGCAGCAGGACCGUUAUCUGCUCCUUUGUGCAAGAAGCAACAGGAGGAGCACUGCCAGAGCCCUGCAAAAUGACCUCCAGUAGGCUACUGGUGUGUAUCUUUCUGACCAAACUGUUAUAAACAGACUCCAUGAGGGUGGCAUGAGGGUCCGAGAUCCACUAGUGGGACGUGUGCUCACAGCCCAGCACCGUGCAGCUUGAUUGGCAUUUGCCAGAGAACACCAGAAUUGGCAGGUCCACCAUUGGUGCCCUCUUCACGGAUGAGAGCAGGUUCACACUGAGCACGUGAAGGACGUGAAAGAGUCUGGAGAUGCUGUGGGGAAUGUUAUGCUGCCUGCAACAUCAUCCAGCAUGACGGGUGUGGUGGUGGGUCAGUGAUGGUCUAAGGAGGAAUAUCCUCGGAGGGUAACAUAGACCUCCAUGUGCUAGCCAACGGUACCCUUACUGCUGUUAGAUACUGGGAAGAAAUCUUCAGAGCCAUCGUCAGACCUUAUGCCGGUGCAGUGGGCCCUGGGUUCCUGGGCGUUGUGCAUGACAAUGCCCGGCCUCAUGUGGCCAGUGUGUAGACAGCUUCUGGAUGAUGAAGGCAUUGAUGCCAUGGACUGGUCUUUAUGUUCCCCAGACCUGAAUCCAAUUGAGAACAUCUGGGACAUUAUGUCUCGGAGCAUGCGAAGCCGCCAAGUAGCACCACAGGCUGUCCAGGAGCUCACUGAUGCCCUAAUCCAGGUUUGGCAGGAGAUCCCCAAGGACACCAUCUGCCAUCUCAUCAAGAGCAUGCCCAGAAGCUGUCGGGAGUGCAUACAGGCAUGUGGGGGCCAUACACGCUACUGACUGACAUUCAGUUGCCAUGAUGAAAUUCGUGCAACUUCGAUCAGCCUGUUAUUUUUAUUUAUUUGUUUGUUUGUUUGUUUAUUUGUUUAUUUAUUGGGGGGGGGGGUAUUUCCGGUGUGAUUUUGAAUCCAGCUCUCAAUGUGUUGACGGUUUUGGCUUCCAUUGUCACAUCAUUUUGUUCUCAACGAAUUACACAAUGUAUAUAAGUAAUGAUUUUCAACUUGAAUAUUUCAUUCAUCAAGAUCCAAUGUGUGAUUUAAGAGUUCCCUUAAUUUUAACGGACUGUGAUGGUUUCAACUUCUCUAGGACCCUUUUUUUUAUUGGUUGUUUUCAUAUGAAAAGAUUUUUAGUGAAAUGAAGCCAGAUUUAGUUUUAGAAUUUUUAGCGAAGGAAAACAUUAUUUUUAAAAUAAAUAUUGGAAAUUCUUCAUAUUUUGCCACACUGUUUCUCGCCAUGAAAAUAGCCAUGGUAGCUGGUAAACUGUUGUAUUAAAGCAAUUAGAGCUGGAACAACUAAUCGAUUAUGGAAAUUUGCAACGAAUUGUCAACGAAUCUCAUUAUCGAUUAGUUUAGUCUGUGAGAGGCACAGGGCGUAUUUACUCUCUGUUACUUCUCUUCCGAAAACAUGCAUCGGAGAGGACAUGCUAGUUGUGUCCCAAAUGACAUACUGUACACUUACACUAUGCACUCUGCACUACCAUCUAGUGUGUGGAUUUUAGAAAGGUAAUAUCGUCUCAAAUGGAACCCUAGCGUUUUUUUACCAUACUAUUUUACGAAGUAUAAGCCGCUUCCUGUUCGACAGCGCAUGACGCCAUACACACAUAAUGUGAUGCCGCUAGCUUUAGCAGAUACCCAGAGCCACCGACAAUGAAUUUCUUCAGUGUAUUGUUUGUGAAUGGUACCUUUUAAUUUUAUUAUGUUUAUAACCAAAAUAAUGUCUAAAGGCAGUGCGUAACAGAAACCGUAAGGUGCAGCAAAAGUGAAUUUUUAUUAUUAAUUUAGGACUGUAGUUUAAUUCAUUGCUUUUUUUUUUUGCAUCCAUAAAAAAAAUAAUGCAUGAAUACUUUUUAUAUAAUAUAAACUCCGCAUUAUAAAGUUUAUAAAUCUUCUCGGUGGUGUUUAAUACAAAAUGCUCCACUGCCUUAGAGGUCGCACAUUUUCUUCCUCAGUCACUUGACGAUUUCGCCUCCGUCUGAUGGUCGCUGAGAGAAAAGAAAUUCAUGUACGGUGUGACUGGGUAUUAGGCUAAAGCUAGCACCAUCGCAUUACGUGCGUUUGACGUCAUGUAGGAAGCGGCAUAUACUUCCGGUUAGUAAAAAAAAAAAAACCUGCUAGUGUUAUAUUUGAGAUGAUGUACUUGGGUCCAAAAGGUUCAACAACAAAGACAACAACAAAGCACCUGGUCAAAAUAAAAGGGGUAUAAUUAUAUGGCAUAUCAUUUCAUUUGAUUCGAAGCUCUCAAUUCAAUACAUCUGUGAACUGUACAAUAUUUUCAACAGGCUGCAUAAAAGUAUGUUAUUUGUCAUAAAAUACUACUAUUACAUGAAGUUAAAUAAAGAUUGAAACUUAAUCAAGCCCACCUUCCCAUCUCUGGAAAAAGUAACUUCCUUUAUGGCUCAAAUCAGGAGAGGGUAUGCUUCUCCAAAUGCUCUUUUUCAUGAGCCAACAGGUUAACAUACUACCAUACUAGCAUAUUAACUCCUGCAUUCAGCAGCAUGCAAGAACUGGAAUAAUUCCCCAAAACUAGUGUGUGGGAGCAUUUCAGCUUCCAUCAAUACACCAGUGCUAAUACUGCACACCUAUAGAUAAUAUGGUGAAAGCACUCUGCUGCUUUCAGGCCGCGUUUCCUUGCUGAUUCAAUCUGGUCUAAAGAAAUCACUUCUGCCAGUGUGCGUAUUCGGUAGUGGAGAACACUGGAUUAAAAAAUGCAGCUGGAGCUAGAGCGAGCUAUGUGACUCUUGCAGCACAAUUAGUCUACAGCAUACUACAAAAAGCCCUGUGCUUCAGAACACCACCCAGAGUCAAACCGGUGAAAGCUUAGCCAUGUUUAAUUUUGUUACAUACUAAUGCAAGGCUUUUGUUUCAUUAUGUGCUAUAUAGUCUGAAUGGAUCACUUUAAAACUGUAAAGUUUGUAUUAUAGUAUUUGAAGUUAAAUGUAUUAAUCAGUUGAAAAUGGAAACCUAAGGCACAUAUUCAGGCAAUGCUUAUUUUUGCUGGAUAGAUAAUAUAUUGUAUCUUGACACCAAUUUAUCGUAUUCACUUUGAAUUUUGUGUAUUGUUAAAAUACACAUCUGUAUACCUUCUGCUGAAAAAUAAAUAACAUACUCUUAAUUUUUUUUGUACAAAUGUUUUUUAUUCACAACAAGCUUAACUAAACAAAUGUUUUCAACAUGGACUUAAACAUUGACACUGUGUCUGAGUCCCGAACCCUAAUUGGAAGGCUGUUCCAUAACUGUGGGGCUUUGUAAGAGAAAGCACUACCCCCUGCUGUAGCCUUCACUAUUCAAGAUGGCAACAAAUAGCCUGCACCUUUUGGGUAUGACUGAUCAUAAAAGACCAAAAGUUCACUCUGGUACUGUGGAACAAGACCAUUUAGUGCUUUAUAGGUCAAUAGUAGUGUUUUAUAAUCAGUGCAAAAUUUUACUGGGAGUCAGUGCAGUAAUGUGAAUAAGAUGGGGUGAUUUGGUCAUAUCUUCUGGUUCUAGUAAGGACCCUUGCAGAUGCAUUCUGGACUAUCUGGAGCUUGUUUAUGCUCCUACUGGAACAUCUAGACAGUGUGGCAUUACAAUAAUCCAACCUAGAGGAUUAUUUCAUUAGCUAGUAUAAAUAAUGGCUAAUGAAAAGAAGCUGGCAAGCAACUUUUCCAGUUAACUCUUUUAAAAAAAAAAAAAAAAAAAAAAAAAAAAAAAAAAAAAAAUCACCAUUGUAAUACUGACUAACAACUUUCUUUAAUGGCAGGGAAAGAGUACCAUUUAGAAAUAUGUUGAUUUGCUUUCUGUUUUUCUUCUUUAGGAAAGCUACAAGAAUUGGCACAACUGAGUGUAUAACACUCAGUACUGCCUCCCUCUGCCAUCCCACAAUGCUUGGGCUACAGGAAACAAGACCUGCUGGGACUUCCUCCACCAAAUCAUACAGCUGUGUGGCAUGCUCAGCCACGUUUCAUGGUUUAGCAUCUCUCUUGGUACAUCAAGCAUCUCACGCCAAUGAAGUUUCUAGUCCAAUAGGGGCUACAUCACCUACUUGCAGUCACUGUGGUGGAUUAUUUGCAAGCAAAGAACUUCUUGAAAAACACCACUGCAUGCUAUUACCCCCUACUGUAACUCAAGAUUUACACACGUGUGAACGUGAGGAAGGGUUUCAGGAAAUUGGUGCUAUUCAGGUGCAUGAAAAGAUGCACGAAAUGAAGACUUUUACAGAGUCAGAUAAGGAUUCUACUAUAAAAAUUGAAGUCAUGACCGAUGGCAGCCACUUUGCUCCAGUUCUCCCCUCUGAGAGCUCACCUUCCCAUGGUACUGAGGAGUCACUUAAUGAGAGCGCACAGACACUUUCUGAAGUUGAGAAAAAAGGGUCUAUAUACAUGUCAAAUGUAUCUCCUAUGCCAUGUCCCAUCUCACAAGGACAUCAUGAACGGUUGCUACCAGCAUGCAUAUCCAGUCCUAUGAUUUCCACAGAAGCACAUAGUGAGUCCUUUGAAAAUAAAGCUAAGCUCGUGGAAAAUGAAAAUGUGAAUAGUUCUGACAAUGAGGAAUCACCAGACCAGUCAACAGUAACACAUAAGAAAACACUUCUUAAAAUGCUUGCCUCUGCCUAUAUGAGCUGUAGACAGCCAGCCCAAAUUAAAUGGGGCCAAAUCAAGAGGGCUCUGCCUCCCCGAAAAGUUUCACCUAGGGCACCUUUACAAGCUCCAAUGGCUAUGUCGGCAUCAAACCCUGAGUGCACUGUUAAUCAGUUAAGACAAAAGGUUGCGAAAUAUGCCCCUAAUCGAGAAGGUUUAAUAACAUCAGACAGAACCUUCUCAAACAAAGGCAGUGUUGUAUCUGUGACCAAGACUUUGUGUCCUGUGGUGGCACUUGAGACUCGUCAAAAGCUUUUCAGGGACAAUGUUGAAGGUAGAUAUCAGUGUGGAAUCUGUCGUAGAGUGUUUCAGAACAAGGACAGCUUAAUAAUGCAUCAUGCCUUGCACAGGAAGGAGAGAGUUAAAUUUUGUCACCGUUGCCAGCAAUUUGUCAUCAGUGUAAUUUCUGUUCCGGAUAACCAUAUCUGUUCUGGCUAUGGCGGAGCAGCCAACUCUCUUCCCACAAUAAUGUAUCCACGAAAAUUAUUUCGCUGUCAAUUGUGUAACCGGAGCUAUACAAGGCGCCACAGGCUUAAAACACAUAAAUGUCACUGGGUAGCUGCUUCGGCUCGAAAAGAUGCCACAGUCUGCAAUAUUGGAGGGGAGCAACUCUCGUCAGUGAAGAACUCAACAAGCCAUGUAAAUGUUGCUGUGAACACUGAGAGCAUUAACUCUAUAAAGACUGAAGAGAGUGCAGGAUCUCCAGUGGUGGACAAAUUUCAGUUGAACCCUAACUCUUUUAAAUCUGAAAGAGCACCCAAAAGUUUCCCACCUUUUCUUCCCAAUAAGUCUAAAUUUGCAUUAGUGCAAUCAAAGGAAAAUGUUAAUGAAAUGUUGAAAGGAGAGAAUUCCAUUAACUCUUCAUCGUCUGAAGCUGAAGGAAUGGCAGGGAGUAACACAGAGGGAAGUGAAUCAUUAGAAAGAGGCCAGUGGACUGUACCGCUGGAUGAUGCUGAAAUUGAUGUUCUGACUGAUGAAGAAAACUGCCCAAGUCCAAAAGAAACCACUGAUGAUGAGGUCAUUAUUUUAGAGCCGUCUGUUAAUUAUGGAACAACACAUUCUACAAGUAAAGAUUUUCAGGUUCAUGUUUCUGAGAGUGGAAUAAGGCGUUUUUCCUGUAACAGAUGUCAGAAAAGCUAUUCUAGGCGUUUUACGCUAAAUCAGCACCUUAGGAUUUGUAGAGCAAGAAAAUUAAUGGAGCCAAAUUCCUAUGGAAAUGUGUCAGAUAAUAUCCUUGGGGUGAAGAAAAUGUUUCCAUGUCCCCAUUGUGGUUCAUCAUUUACUCGCAAAGAUAAUAUGAAUAUGCACCGAAAGAGGUGCCAAUCCAUGAGAGCUGCAAAAACUCUGGUGGGAAAUGGGAUGUUGGACAAGCAAAAUCAAGCAGCCCAGGAAAACAUAUUUGUGUUGCCACCAGUUUCAAAGAGCCAAGUGAGACAGGAGGGCAGUAGUAAUGUUGGGGGUGGAAGCUGGGGUAUUAUGUCAUUACCAUCUGUGCUCCCCAGAAAAGUGACUUGUGAGUGUGGUGCUAGUUUUACUUGCCCUAGGCUUUUGUUUGAACAUCUGCAAAUGCAUGCACUAGAGUCUUACAUUUGUUCCCAUUGUGGUGAGAAUUUGCAGUCUUGGGCUGAUUUUGAAGCACAUCAGCAAUUACAUCUACAAACUUCAGGGGCAAAAAUUGAGGACAAAGGGUCACAGCAGCAAUCACAUGUGCAGCCUCAGCUUCAGCAAGAGCCAAACAUUCAGACAUCAGUGCAAAAUCAAAAAAAGAUGUCUCAAGAUCUGUUUAAAUCACGUUUAAAUCACAGGCCCUUCACAGGUCCAUAUGUCUGCCACAGAUGUAAGAAGAUCUUUAGAUUACGCAAGUCUUUGCUAAGGCACCUAACGCGGAGUUGUAAGGGAGCUGCUACAGCUGAAAACAAACACUCUUGUUCCCGCUGUGGCAUGACUUUCCAAAACUCUUUAGCCCAAGAGGUCCACAUGCGUGGCAACACUUGUACCCCCGCUUUCAAACCUCUUAGUUGCCCAGUGUGUGUACGUUGGUUCAGCAGCCUUGAAGGACUCAAGAGACACUUGUUGUCACAUAGCCAAGAAGAAAGUUUGACUUGUCAGAUUUGUUCUUGCAAGUACUCAAGCCAUGCUGCACUUGAGGAGCAUAAACGUAGUGUCCAUAGCACAAACAAGGACUCUGAGUCACCUACUGUUCAGUCAGCACAUGUUUCACAAAGCAGCUCAUCAGAUGCCUUUCGCUGCCAGAUAUGUCAGCGCAGUUACCCAAAACUCCAGUCCCUGAAAGAUCAUCUAAGAAAGGUUCAUAGACCAAAACAUCUAAACGCAGUCCGCAUUGGCAGUUUUGAGUCCAAGGAUUUGUCAAAAGGAAUUGCACAGCAAAGUCAGACCAAGCAGUUUCAGUGUCACAUUUGUGCUCGUGCUUACCAAGAUAUUCAGUCCUUGAAAAAUCACAGGAGGAGGGUCCACCGUAUUCUAGGAGGUGGACUGCAGCCUCCAAGGGCAAAUCUACAGCAAAGUCAUUCCAAUCUAUUUCAGUGUCAAAUCUGUUCACGCACCUACCCUGACAUAAGGUCAUUGAGAAACCACAGGAGGCGGGUUCAUCGCAUCCUGGGUGGUCUUGAAAUAUACAAAGGGAUUACUCAUCAAAAUCAGAGCACUCCUUUUAAGUGCCAGAUUUGCCAGCGCAGUUAUCCAGACCUAGGAUCACUAAAUAACCACAAAAGGAGGGAUCACUGUAUUUUAAGGGAUGUACUUGAGUCAACAAAAUUGGAUGCCACACACAUGGACCAGUCACAAUCAGAUGUUGUACAUGUCACAGAUCCCAGUGGGAAUUUUGAGCCUAUUGCGUAACUAUGGUUUAUGAUCACUGACAUAUAAGUUAGAAAUAACAUGUACUGUGGGACUUUUUUGUGCACUCAGCUUUGUACAAUUUUAUUAGACUUAAAUAGUAAUAGCUUCAAAAUAAUUCUUCUGUAAAUAUGUUGGAUACUUUUUAAGGCAAAUAUUCCUUAGCUGUUUUAAGAUAAUGUUCAUUCCAUUCUUCUCAUUUCAUUAGUUGGUGGUAAGUGGUACCACCAGUAGAAAGACACUUCCCAAUGGUUAAAUAUAAUUGGCUGCAAUCUGUCAAUUACUUUGCUGGUUUCUGUUUUGAUGGUCUGUCUUUUUUAUUUUUUUUUUGCAUUUUAGGUUAUUCUAUUAAAGAUUUAUUAGAGAUUAAAGAUUGAUACUAAUGAGUAACAGCUGCAAGUCUUUGAAUCUGAUAAAGUGGGAGCAUGGCUUCCAUGGUUUGUAGUGACAUGCCAUGUCAUUUUAUUUUGAACUACUGUAACAAUGCUAUAUACCUGAAUGAGCCAAAAAAAAAAAAAGGCACUGCAUGAUGCCUCCUACAAGAGAUUUUUUUUUUCUUUUUUAGCAAUCAUUAAUAAAACAGUAAUAUUCUUGACUUUCAUGAAGAAUCUCAGCCUUUUGAGGAGUUUUUGUAAAAUUAUUAGGCCACAAAAUUCAUAAUCUUAGCUUUCCACACUCACAUGUACAGUGGGCCUCAUUUAUUAAGUUGGAUAUGAACAGAUUUAUAUGUAAAUCAUUUGUACGAGUAUGAGAAUUUGGUGCAAAUCGCAUAAAUUCGGGAAAAAAGUGUGUAAACUUCUGCAUAAGAAGACCAAGUAAUCAAAACCUUGAUUGAUCGACUUAAAAUCAUAUAAUUUGCAUGGAUUGUUGCUCUUUUAUAUGUGGAAUAUACUUAUUAGGGUUUAAAUUGCUUAUUUAUUUUUACAUUCAUAGCAUUUAACAGAAAUGCUUUGUUGUCUAUCAAAAAAACAUCCUUGUGCUAGUUUACUAGGUCAGAGACUAAAAGGCUUGGUUGUUAUCAUUAAUAUUAUAUAUUAAUAAAUAUUUUUAUUGGCAUAGAAGUGAAUCAAAAUAAAUUCCAUUUUUACCUUUCGACCUUUACACUUAACAUUAAUUUUAUUUUCCCAGGUGUCUGUACACGUGAAGAUACAUAUGUAUUCAUAUAUUAUGAAGAAAAUCAGCCUUUCCAAAACUUGUGUAAAUCCGGUCGAAACGUUUAGUUCGGGUUGGCUUAUGCAAACAUUUACACACAACUGUAUUAACAAUUAAAAAAUGAGCCCCACUGAGCUUUUUGGAGCAAGAGUCGUCAAUUAAGAAAAGUCAAUGAAGACCACAUUUUAAUAACGACGUAUGUAUAGUGAUGUACACCUGUUACUGCCUAAAACAUAUUUUGGCUGUCACCUAUCUCAAUGUAAAUAAUUGUGCUUGUUCUUUUCUCUUUUUUUAACCUUUCUCUCAUAAACAGAAAUAGGGCAUUUUAAAACACUUGGUAAGUGCAUGAACAGCUGAAAAAAAAACAUUGUAAAUAAAGGUGUUAUUUGUAAUCUCAGUGCAUUGUGAAUGUAUUAAAGUUUGUUUAAUGGUAAUGUUUUGGAAGACUGUAACUCCAUAUUGUACAAAUAAAUACUGUGGCGUUGUAUGUUUUUAGGUUCACUAAACAUUUAAGUGUUCAGUUAUUCAUAUGUUUAUUAAAUAUUAUAACAACCUACAAUCUUCUGGGAAGGCUUUCCACUAUAUUUUGGAACAUGGCUGUUGGGAUUUUCCAUGACAGACCAUGCGGUUAUUUAAAAAACGCCACCAUGCAAGUCCCUGUGUAUGAGCUGGUACUACAGUAGAGAAACAAUAACAUAAGAAGGAGUGCAUUUCUAAAAACGUAUCACUUGUGUUACAGCACCAACUACUAUCAGAGCUAUGCAGUUAUCUUAAGGUAGUCCACACCUUUUGAUCAAUCAGAUUCCAGAAUUCAACCACACUGUGGUAUAACAUGAAGUCCUACAUGCAGUUGUCAUAAGGAAGUCAGUCUUCAAAACUUCAUGAGAAAACAAUUAAUUUAUAUCCUAUACUGGAUAUAAUGGAAUUUACCAUGGUAGGGGGUUAAAAACCCAGGUGUUAUCUGUUUGUAUCAGAUGACACUGUUGUUCACCAAGUGUAUUAUAGAGAUUUAAAACUUAGAAAUAACUUGGAACACAUUUUCACAUGGUUGUAGAACAUCUUGUGUUUCUGCAGUUAGCCUGAUUUUAAACUAAUGCUGUCUUGCAUAUAAUAUACAAAUCAGCUUGCAACAUUUGACUACCAGAUUCCUGUCAUUUUCCUCCUUCCCAGUUGUAUUCAGAAGAUGGUUGCUGGAUCAAAAAUCAAGAUUUUUAAAUCCUUAUAAGCAACAACUUUGUAAUGUGUGGGCCACCCACUGUUCCGUGAUGUUAAGAGGGCUUUGAGGUGUCAGAUGUGGCUUGGAUAGAUGGUUGCAUUAAGAUAUAAAUCUGUUUUAUAUCUGUCCUGCAUGCAUUUUUAUAUCUCUAGAUAUUAUUCUGACACUUAAAACACAAAACAGCCAGCUGUAAAUGGGGAAACUUAAUGAUUCAUGAAACAUUCCUCAAAUAAGGUUUAGGAUAAAUGUUUAUUGACUGAUCUGAUUACUAUCAGAAUCAUGGAUUUCACAUUUCCACUCUAAGAGAGUUUUGUGUAAAUGGGUUUUACAGUGCUGUGAAAAAGUAUUCUGUUUUUGUGUAUAGCUCAUAAACAGUUUUAGGUCAUCAAACAAAAUAAAACUAUACAACUAAAUAGGUAAAGUUCAUCAUUACAAACUUUGAUGUUGGCUUGACAAAGCCUGUCUGAAACUUUAAAAAUAGUUAUCAGUUUGAAAUCUGAAGCUAAUGUGCAGCCAAUACGUCUAAAGUUGGAUAGAUAGUUAGGGUCGCAAUACUUUUGAGUCAGACGGAUAGGGUGCCAAUACUUCUAGCAAUCGAGAGGGAGAGAGAGAUGAUGUGAGAGUCUCUGUUACAGGUAGAUUGAUAGAGUGAGGGGGAGAGAAGAGGGGCUUCAGGUCGUGUGCAUGAAAUCUUGAACAUUCUGAGCCAGGCUCUGAACAUUUCAUCAAUGUAAGUGAAUGGGGGUUUUGGGGAUAUUUGAUCGUCCAGUACGGAAAAACUGGGAGUCCAAUCAGUUAGAAAAGAUAUAGCAUGACCAGUCUGAACAGCCUGAAGGACUGUGCUGAGUUUGGUGAAAGUAGCUUGAAAGUUCAAGCAGUUAUAACAGUCAGAAAAUUUAUAUAUAUUUUUUAAUUAUUUUUAUGCAAGUCAAUGGAAAUUUUGGCCAAUUUGAGCUUCCGUAAUGGGAAUUCUGUAAUUCCGAUCACUUAGAAAAGUCAUAGCAACUCAACUCAGAACAGGCUGAAGGUUCUUGCCAAGUUUGAUGCAUGUUGCUUGAAAGCUCUGGAAGGAGUAGCAAUUAAAUUUUGGGGGAUUCAGAAUAAUAAUAAGCAGCUUAUAGUAGAACAGUAUGUUGGCUUUGUCAAGCCAACAUAAAAAGGCAACCUGAGUAACACAAUUUUUUUUAUUAUUGAAGCAAAAAAAAGUUAUCCAACACUUAUCACCCAUGUGGAAAAACUAAUUAUCCCCUUAAAUUUAAAAUCUGGUUGUGCCACCUUUAGCAGCAAUAUCUGCAAUGAAAAACACUUCCGAUAACUGGAAAUCAGUCUUUCACAGCACUGUGGUGGAAUUUUGGCCCACUCUUCCUUGUAGCACUGUUUUAGUUCAGCCACACUGGAGGGUUUUUGAGCAUGAACUGCCCAUUUAAGGUCCUGCCACAGCAUCUCUAUUAAUUCAAGUCAAGACUUUGACUAGGCCACCCAAAAACUUUAAUUUUGCUUUGUUUUAGCCAUUCAGAGGUGGACGUACUCCUAUGCUUUGGAUCAUUGUCUUGCUGCAUAAUCCAGUUGUGCUUGAGUUUCAACUUACAGACUGAAAACCAGACAUUCUCCUUUAGGCCUAUCCAGUAGAGAGCAGAAUUCAUGUUUCCCUCAAUUAUUGCAAGUUGUCCAGGCUUUGAAGCAGCAAAG